GUGGAAGCGCGGCAAGGAGCGAAAGCCGGUCAAAAGAUUGCAGCGGUAAGGAUGUGGCGCUUGAUGUCACAAGCUAUGUUUGUGCUGCAGCGCACUUCAUUCGAUGCGAAGGUCCCACAGUUCGAACCUUGUGGAGGAGGAACGAGGAGAAAGCCGUCCUCUUUUGGAAAGCCAAGCCCAGCUCUGAGCUGCUUGAGGAUACAGCUGCCGCAGAUGCCGAAGCCGCCUUGCAUCAAGCUCUUUCAGAUGGGCUUUCGACCGAAUCACUGGCAGAGGGUUUGGCGCUUGCCUUGGCCCGCUUUAAAUUGUCUUCUAUCCAGAUCGAACCCAUUAUCCAGAGCUCUUUGGACCAGCUCGGCGAAAGCCUUGAACGAGGAAAUCUUUCCGAAGAAGAGUUUGACGUCACCUGCUACAGGAAUGUGUUUAUUGCUGCAUCGGACGAGCUACGACGAAAGUCUUUGAUCAGUUGAAGGUUUACAAUGUGGAUGAAUUCGUUUUAGCAUUUCAAAUUUUGCAAUUAAUUCGCGCCGGAAAAAUUUAAGGAUUGAACCUAGUGUUUUCGAGCUUCGGCGCGAGGCCAGCACUCUUGAUUUUGUUUGUAUUGUGUUGCAUCGCGCCUGUAACUCAUUGGGGGGGCAGCGAAGAAUCUGGAUUG